CAAUCUUUGGCUGUGAUGUCGAACCUCAACUCAGGAUUCCACCAAUAACACCCCCCACGAGUUUUUCGGACGGGUCCCUGGCAGGCGGAGGCUAUCAGUCCACUCUGACGCGGAAGCAUUCAGGGCCGGUGUAUAGUCAACGACCUAUACCUAUUGUUGAAGUAUACCGACGGCGAAAAGAGUAUGUCUUCGUACGGGGAGGCCGGGAGCAUUGCGUAGACCUUGAACACCAGAGCGUCUCUCAUUGCGGGCGGCCUCAACCCUGCGAUGACCCCACAGUUCCUUCGCAUAGCAGCACUUUCGCUCCUCCUCCACCUCGGUUUCCUAUUCUACGGGUUCGUCCAGGACCAACACCCCGUCGUAAAAUUUACCGACGUCGAUUACCUCGUCUUCACCGACGGCGCCCGCUUCGUUGCCGAAGGCAAAUCCCCCUACCAGCGUGCGACGUACCGCUACACACCCGCUCUUGCCUUCCUCGUCCUCCCCAAUGUCCUUGUUCACAACUUGUGGGGAAAGCUCCUGUUUUCCGUAUGUGAUCUCGCGGCGGGAUGGUUCACCCACAGCAUCUUGCGAAUGCAAGGGAUGAACGCGGACCGCGCCGCGAAGUAUUCGGCGAUAUGGCUCCUGAAUCCUUUUGUCGUCGCGAUAUCGACGAGGGGCAACGCGGAGAGCAUUGUCGCUGUUUUGACUCUGGGGACGCUGUGGACCCUUUUGGCCAAGCGGCCGCGAUUGAGUGCAGUGCUGCUCGGUGUUAGCGUGCACUUCAAAUUGUAUCCGAUCAUAUACGCCUUGCCGAUAUGGCUGUUUCUGGAUGAGAGCUACUUUGGUGGAAUACGUAAUGGAAUGGCUCCCGGGACGCUCUUACAAAGAGCUAAGCGAUUCUUCUCGUGGCGCAGGAUCGAGUAUGGGUGCCUUAGCGGGAUGGUAUUUUUGGGCUUAUCAGGAUGUAUGUUCAGCAUAUACGGCGACGAGUUCGUCGAAGAGACAUAUCUCUACCACAUCACGCGAAAAGAUCACCGACACAACUUCUCGGCGUACUUCUACCACAUGUACCUUUCCUCCGCCCCUUCGAAAGUAGCCAGCUCGGCAACGCUUCCACCAUGGGUCGCUUCGAUCCUAUCGUUCCUGCCGCAGUUGGGGCUGGUAUCACUCCUGGGGACCUUCCUAGCAAAGGACGUCGUGUUUGCGUGCUUUGCACAGACUUUCGCGUUUGUCAUGCUGAACAAGGUUUGCACGUCUCAGUACUUCAUGUGGUACCUAUGCUUCCUCCCCGUGAUACUACCAAACAGUCGACUGCUCGCCGACAAAUGGAAGCAAGGAGUAGCUUUGCUGCUCACCUGGGUUGGCGGACAGGCACUCUGGCUCUCACAAGCAUAUCGCCUCGAACAUCUCGGUGAAAACACUUUCCGCAAACUCUGGGCAGCGGGACUCGGCUUCUACCUCAUCAACGCGGUACUUCUCUCCACUCUGAUAUCCUCUCACACAUAUGAGCCUUUAUUGGUGAAUGGGAGUAUAAAACCAGCUUUUGGAAGGGGCGGGGUUUCACACACCUCGGUGAAGGAUAGUCGGAAAGCACGACCGAUUGUUAGGCCCUCCUCAAGUCGGGCUGUGAAGGAGGAUGAGAAAGAGGAGCCGGCGAUUGUGGAAAAGUUGGAACUGGUGGAAAAGAAGUUGGGGGAGGGGGCGACACAGUUCGUUGUGCAGCGGAAAGCAGCUGGUUCAUCUAUAGGAGGCAUGUUCGCGUUAUUUGGAAUAGCCGUUGGGAUCGGGAUCAUGAUGCACAGAAUGCUUGACUGCUCUAUCCCUCUCUGCGCAUUACCAUUCGCUAUCUUGCUCGCCGCCCAUCUAUCCGCGGUGCGUCAAGAAUCAAUAACAUUCAUCGGCUCCCUCGGCGUCUCCCUCCAAACAACCUACUCCCUCGGCCGCACCAAGUCCCGCUUCAUACCCCUCGACCGCAUCGCCGACGUCAUCAUCAACGAGGGGAUCACGAUGCUGACGGUGCGGUAUUACAUGGCGGUUAUGGUGAAGGGGGAGAGGGAGAUGAUUGUGGUUUUUGAGGUAGGUUGUUUGCCUGGGGCAUGAGGGGUUUAUUUGGGAAGGAGAUUGAUUUGUGUUGGAUACAGAACUUUAUGCCGAAGAUUGAUGUGCUGAGGAAGGUGUAUAAGAGUGGGAGGAGUAUCUUGUUUGAUCCGGUAGAGGGAUGAGGGGGGUUUUUUGGCCGUGGGCUCGGCAGAAGACGGUGUAUUUGUCCUUCGAUGUAUGAGUUUCGUAGUAUGGAAGUAGUCCAUUGUAGCCUACCGUCGCAGCAAAGAGGUGCUACUUGUUUACGAUGAAAUGGAUAUGCACUGCCUAUCCCUAUUUUGCU